UGAACCAAAACAAAACAGUUCCUCUCCGGCUACGCGAGAGGUAUCACGUUUAUACGUUUCGUUUCUCCGUUUGCCGGCUCGCACAUUAAAAAGGCGAUUUUUUGAAGUACGCGCGCUAUUUGAAAUACGAAAGUGAUUAUUUGAAAUUAAAUUUUAUAAAUUGGUGUCGGCUCAAGUGAAAUUCCGGGCGAUCGUCGAUAGAUAUGCGUUGGACGAGACAUCGACUGAAACCCGAAUUAAUACAUUGAUAAAUAUAUCAUGGCUUAAUAUAAAAUAAUUUUCAAAAAAUUACUCUCCAAAGAAAAUUGUCUUGAGUGAAAAUGGUAGCUAGAUUCUAUAUGAGAAUUACUCCAAAGUCGCUAGUUCUUGCGGCAGUAACAUUAUCGUUGUUACUUUGCGUUUAUUACGCUCAUAAUACGUAUAAUGUUGACGAUGGUGUGGUGUCUAGAAGCGAAGCUCUCAAAGAGGACGUCGAAGAGAUAAGCAAUAAUGAGACCAGAGAUGCCGAAGAGCAACGUAACAUCAACAACAACGUGGUGGCCGAGGAAGGAAACGAGAUAAAAGAGCGACCGGACAACAAAAUCGAAACGACGACCACGAAGAAACCGCGAAAGAAUGUCGUCGAAGAGUCAUCGUGUCCGAAUUUGUACUCUUCAGAAGCCGACGUAAACACCGUGGAUGUCUUCAAGGAUUUUGAAUUUCAACCGACGUGGAUGCGCAGUAAAGAAUACUGGGAUAAAUCGUUCGAAGAUCGAUACGAAAAGCAAAAGAUGGAUACCGAAAGACCACCUUUAAAGGUAAUCAUCGUUCCGCACUCGCACAACGACCCAGGAUGGUUGAAGACUUUUGAAAAUUAUUUCCAUUCGCAAUCGAAACAAAUCUUGAACCAUAUGGUCGCCAAAAUGCAACAGUAUCAAAACUUAACGUUCAUCUGGUCAGAAAUUUCCUUUUUAAAUGCUUGGUGGGAAACUGCUCAUCCGAUUAAACAGAGUGCUUUAAAAUCUUUAGCACAUUCUGGACGAUUGGAAAUUACCACUGGAGGAUGGGUUAUGACCGAUGAAGCUAAUUCGCAUGUUUAUGCUAUGGUUGAUCAGUUAAUAGAAGGUAAUUACAUAUUUUUUCUAAAAUCAGUUUUUGGUAUUAUAGAGUAGAUAUUAUAGAGUAGU